AUGGCGGCAGCAACAACAGAGGAAAUGACCCCUGCAGAGCAAGAGUCGGUCUAUUUCAACAACUACCCACCUCCUAAGAACCUCCCGAAACAUGAAGCCCUUGCCAGAGCGUUUAUCGAAUAUCACACCGAAGCGAACAGGCGGCUGGUCCUGGUUACGUCCGGAGGCACAACUGUUCCCCUCGAAAACCAGACGGUGCGAUUUAUAGACAACUUCUCGGCUGGAACCAGAGGUGCAACUUCCGCCGAGUAUUUUCUCCAAGAAGGCUACGCGGUGAUUUUCCUUCACCGGCAAUUCAGUCUGCUACCAUAUUCACGGCAUUAUAGCCACUCGACGAACUGCUUCUUGGACUUUAUGGAUGAGGCGCCACCGUCCAGCUCGUCCGAAUCUCCAAAUCCAGGUUAUGGUCCCAUAGUGGUGCGCAGUGAAUAUCAGGACCAGAUGCGGGACGUUUUGCGGAAAUACCGCUAUGCCAAACAAAACAACUUGUUGUUGCUUCUGCCAUUUACCACGAUUUCGGAGUACUUAUUCGAGUUGCGAAUGCUGGCCAAGUUGAUGAGACCACUAGGACCCAAUGCAUUAUUCUACCUAGCCGCGGCCGUCAGCGACUUCUUCAUUCCUCGAGAGCGGAUGGCAGAGCACAAGAUUCAGUCCUCCGAGCUUCCCGCACACCUGGACAAUUCAAAUUCGGUCGCGGGAUCGGAAAUAUACACAGGUGGCCUGGAAACCCAGGCAGGGAACAGCAAGAAACUCGUGAUCGGUCUGGACCCGGUGCCCAAGUUUCUGCAUCGACUGGUGGACGGCUGGGCGCCUGAUGGAAGUAUGGUUGUCUCCUUCAAGCUGGAAACGGAUCCCAAUCUGCUUGUCUAUAAGGCGCAGACGGCGCUGAAGCGGUACUCACACCAUCUGGUUAUUGGCAACCUCCUAUCCACACGUAAAUGGGAAGUCGUUUUUGUGACGCCAGAUCCUCCCUACGAGCGCUGGAUUCGGGUUCCCAAGACGAGACGUAGCAAGAGCAUCUCUGGUGCGGAAGAUCAGGUGGGCCUGGCAGAGGCAAGGAAAGCGGGCGAGUCGGUGAACCGUCCCAGUGGGGAAGCCCGAGAGGGCAACGAGCAGAAACCAACAAGUGUUAACACCGCGGAUGGAGUGGAGAUUGAGAGUCUGAUCAUACCUGAGCUGGUGAAGCUACAUUCAAACAUGAUUGCCAAACAGCAGGCAAAGCAACAGUCAUGA